GCGAGUACGUUUUAAGUACGAGAUCCUUUCUCGUUUUUGGAAUGUUGGCGAACUUGUUUUUUGGACGCAAGCGUGUUAAAUAAAACUCCAGCGGAAAAGAGUACAUUCAAGUAUGCUAUGCGACUGACAGAUGCUCGAAGCUACGGUCUGCUACGAUGCAUUGUAUUCGAAGGAGAUGAAUCGCGCUUGAUAUUGUCCUUAUUUUCGUAUGAAACAUCAUUUUUUAUUCCCAUUAUCCUUCACGUAUUACGUGAAAAUUAAAUAUCGGUAUUUGAACACCUACAUCAGUUAGAUGACGGCGAUACGCCGUGUGUUAACAGGUCAUGGGGGCCUGUUUCGGCCGCUGCAUUUCCAAAGUUACAGACUCCUUAUCGUACAGGUUUUAUCAAAGACACACCAGUAUGUCCUACCAAGGAGACGAACAAGUUGAGUUUAUAGAUGACAAAGGAGAUGCAGAACAACCUAGAGGAUCAAAAACCCUGUUAUCGUUUCUCUCCUUAAACCGGUUCAAGAAAAAACAUGGGGUUCCUGUAACAUUGGAAUUAUUGGAAGAUGGAGCAUGGUCAAAGGGUACUAAUAAAUAUGCCAGAUUAAACUCUAGGAAUGAUGCUUCUACAAGUUCUGGUCUAGAUACUCCACUUCAAAUUCUUGAUGCAAGAACAUUAAUGAAACAACAAACAUGCGUUUCUUCCACUCCUGGCUCAUCAUUAGAUUUGGAAUGGGAACAUGAAGGAAUGCCUCUGCCAGUUAUAGACGAUGAAAAAGUUGAGAGUACAGAUGGUUCUAUAACUCAAACAUCAGUAAAUAAUAGCCAACCCUCUAGCUUGACAGCAUCUCCUUGGUCUAGGGUGUCGACACCAAAUAGUUUAGAAUGGGAUCCGGUAGAAGCCGAUAUGGUAUGUGUUGAUUUAGAGACUGAACAGCUUUUGACUGAAAUAGAAAGAUUAACAGAUAGAGCGUUGAAGGAAACAGGAGAAUGGACUAAUGCUAGUUGAUAAAUAAUGCAUUUACAAUUAAACAGGAUUGUUUGUAUUUUUGUAUUACAAAAAAAAGAGUACACAACGGAAUUAACAUAUAUAAAGUACUUUUAGGAAGAAAAAAAAAAGAUUUUAUUGUUUCAAUAUUUGUAUUGUUGAAACAAUAUGAAGAUAUAUUUAUAUUGUUUCAAGGUAUAUAUACAUAAAUGUAUAAGUUAAUAUAAUUCACAUAGAUUUUAAAGAAAGGUAUAUUAUCUGCUAAUACUUUUCAACAGUUUAUUACUAAAAAAAAUUGCCAACUAAAAACGAGAAUUUUUUAUAUUAUGCAUAUAUAUAUAUAUAUAUGCAUAUAUAUAAUAUAUAAUAAUGCAUAUAAUAUAUAUAUAUAUAUAUAUUACACUCGUAAAAAACUUUUUCAUUUGACACCUUAAGUUUAAAAAAUAAAGAUGGGGAUGUUAUAUAUUGCAUUGUAUAAUUUUGUGACGUAUUCAAAUACUUCUAUUCUGAUUUCGCUCGACUUCCACGAGACAAUAACUUUCUUCUUAUUGAUAGUUUUUGCAUAUCUUUUAAAAGAAGCUCAUUUUUUAAUAUUAUUUUAAUACUUUAUUUAAUACUCAUAUUGCUUAUUUAUUUCUAAACCAAAGAUAUUUUUCUUUCAUUAGAUUAGUUUGCUGUGAACGUUAUUGAUCUCGUUUUUUUCUGUACACAUACCGUCAUACAGUGUCAUAUUAUACUACUUUAACCUUUUGAAGCAUAAAAAAGUAACACGAAAAGAAAAAUUGUUUCAUUUUUUAAUUUUGUAUAAAAGAUAAAUUUUCUAUCCAAAUACCAUAGUAAAAAAGGACCUAUAUAAAUGGCCAAUUGUGCUUCAAAUGGUUAAACAGUACAUAUCAUCAUAGUAACAAUAUACAUUUUCUUAUGUUUGGAAAGUUUACUAUGCAUUACUUAACUUAGAUAGGAGAAAAAGUUUUAAGACGGAAAUUAAAAAUAAAUUGUAUCAGGUGCUAUCAAUGCAAUAUAUUUUUUGCGAGUGAAAUUAUGAUCAGUUUUUUCCGGAGGAAAUUUCUUUUGUAGCUUGUUGUUGGUAUAAUUAGCCAUAUUUUAUACAAGAAAGGCUAUUAAAUAGUCCAAAUAAGUCUAGUCACAAUGAAAUUCUGUGAAUCUCCGUAAAAUCCGAAAUGAGAGAAAGGGAGGGCGGGAGAGGAUGAGGCGGUACCGAUGUAAUAUUAGUGUUGAUACACAUAUUGGGUGUACAAAAACAUAUUUCUACUGAAGUUAAAUUAUUAUGAGAUGAUUAGGUUACAAGUAUAGAUAGAGUGUCGAUUAUUGAUGGAUAAAUGGUUUUCAAACCGAGUUAGGCUGCCUUACAAUAAACAGAAAACGUAUAAAAAUUCGCUAAUAUGCUCGUAAACUUUGAUUGCAUCAUAUCUGUGACUUUGUUGCGUUUACAAUUGCGUAAUUUGUAAGAUCAUAAGUUUGAUAAUAAUUUGCAUUAUGAGCGAAUCAAAAUGUAUGCAGCAAUCGUAUAGAUAAUAAUAACGUUAACGAUAAUGAAAAUGUUAAAUGAUAAAGAUGCAGUAUGUUAAUGAUUCAGUGCUAUGCUGUUUAUGCACUCCAGAGGUUUUAUCUCUCGUCAUAAUUUAUCUUAAAUUCCAAAAAUUGAAAUUAAGUUUUGGUGAUACAUAUUAUAUAUGUAUAUAUAAAUAAAAAGAAGUAAAGUUUGUAAAGGUUUAUAUUAAAUUGCAUGAUAAACGCACAGAAAUAUUAGUUGAGCAUAAUAUAUGUGGCUUAACAUUAAUACCUAUGUUAAUCUUAAACACAAAAUGUGUCCACUAUGCUUAAUAUACAAACUGAUGCAUAUUGAUUAGUAUGGAGGAAAGUCAAAAGGUGCUUUAAACGAUAAAAGAGAAAGAUCAUAAAACGCUUGCGAUCUGUUUCUCUAUCACUAAAAAAAUUAUGAAUACAUUAUUUAUAGGAGAAUUAAGUAUAGUUGAUACUUUGAUGAUUCUAAUGUAAAGAAUAUCGGCAAAGAAUAUCAAAUUCAAACGCAACUUGUCUUUUCUCGUUUUCGCAAAUUAGUGCUGUACAAAAUAUAUGUCAAGAAGUUUAUUAUUUUUUAUUAUUUGUCAAACUUUUAUUAUUUGUUUAUUUAGCGAAUGUGUAUACAAAAGUAUAAUUUCCAACAAUUUUAAGUGCUCCGACAUAAUAGGGACCAAAAAUAUUUUCAGUAUUAAAUCUUUUCAUGGCUAAUAUUUUGUAAUGAAACGAUUAUUUUAUGUAAGUUAUGAUUAUAUAGCGAAUUUGACUUCAAUCGAUUUUUGUAUUUAAUCCUAGAAUUAAUUGAUAUUUUUUGACUCCAAAUAUUGGAUAGCGUUAUAUAUAUGUUUCACGUAUAGAGAACUAAUUUAUAAUUGUAUCAGUUUUGAAGUUGUAAACAAAAUUUAUCACUGUUGGCUUUAAGAAUAUAUUUAUCUGCGCCUAGUAUUAGAGAUCGAAAUAAUAUUUAUAUUUCGUGCACAGCCGUUCACAUUUCAUUGUGGGUUUGCGAUAUGUAAAAGUCAACACUGUACAUCGUUUGCUUACGUAUUAAAUACAAUUAUUAAUAUUGGUAUAAUUAAAUAAAAUAUGUAAUAAAACCGUUAUAAAACACGGUAUCUUGUAUUAGUAUCUUUAUUUGUUUAAAUGGAAUUGUGUAUAGAAUCAUAGCAUAAAAUGCAAGAAAUUGCAUAAAUUUUAUUUGUCAUCAAUGACGAAUCGUUUUUAAAUCUAAUAUUGCAUAUGACCUGAUGAGAUACAUUUUCAUUCGUGUUUCUGUUCGAUAUACGAAUUCUUUUUAAGGGUUAUCAUAUUAUGUUUAUUCAGCAUAUAAAAAUCGGCCAACGAGUAUAAAGUUAAAUGUGAACAUGAAUUAAAAGGAAAACUAUUAUAUUAUGAUAGAUGUUAAAAUGAAUAUGUUUAUAUGCUUUAGUAAAUAAUUACUUUAUUAUAUUUUUAUGUACAUGCAAGAAGAAAUGACAAACAAGGUGUACUUUCUACCCGA